UCCUCUAUUCAUAUGUGCUGUGCUUGAGCAGGCACCCACAGGGAGGAUUCAAAAGUCAAAACAGAGCCAUGGUUUGGGGUGAAACAGCCCCAAAUUCGGGCCAUGGAGGUUAACCUCUGCCCCGUGAUUGUUCUGCAGCGUUUGUGCCAUUCAGAGAUGCUGAGGAGCAUCCCCUGCCCGUGCUGGAGCUCCUGGGACAGCCAGGGCAGUGCCACGGCAGUGCCAGCCCGUGCCAAGGCAGUGGGGGCGGUUUCCAAGCCCUGAGGAGCCGCUGGGGUGAGGAAGGCAGCCUGGGUUUGCCUCGGGGAUGUCUCAGCUCCGGCAGGAGCGGCUGCUGCACGCCCAGCUCCAGCCCUGAGCCUGGGGCUCCAGCCCUGCCGCGCUGUGCCCGUGCCCCUGUGACUCCCUGGUUACCAUCUCGGCUCCAUCUCCUCCUCCUCCUCCUCCUCCUCCUCCUCCUCCCGGCUCUAAUCCCCGCAGACGGCGCCGAGCGCGGGCAGCCACCAGGAGCAGCUCUGUCUCUGCUGACUUGGUGUUCCUGCUUCCACUCUGGAGGAGAUGGGGCGCAAGGAGGAGGAAGGCAGCGGCUCCUGGAAGAAGCAGACCAGCAACAUCCGCAAAACCUUCAUCUUCAUGGAGGCCCUGGGCUCAGGUGCCUUCUCAGAAGUUUUCCUGGUGAAGCAGAAAAGCACUGGCAAGCUCUUUGCCCUGAAAUGCAUCAAGAAGUCUCCUCUCAACAGGGACAGCAGCCUGGAGAAUGAAAUAGCAGUGCUGAAAAAGAUAAAGCACGAAAACAUCGUGACCCUGGAGGAUAUUUAUGAGAGCACAACCCACUUCUACCUGGUCAUGCAGCUGGUGUCGGGGGGAGAGCUGUUUGACAGGAUCCUGGAGCGGGGCGUGUACACCGAGAAGGACGCGAGCCUGGUGAUCCACCAGGUGCUGACAGCUGUCAAAUACCUGCAUGAGAAUGGAAUCGUGCACCGGGACCUGAAGCCUGAGAACCUGCUGUACCUCACCCCCGAGGAGAACUCCAAAAUCAUGAUCACGGAUUUCGGCCUGUCGAAAAUGGAGCAGAACGGGAUCAUGUCCACGGCCUGUGGGACCCCAGGAUACGUGGCCCCCGAGGUGCUGGCCCAGAAGCCCUACAGCAAAGCCGUGGACUGCUGGUCCAUCGGGGUCAUCACCUACAUCCUGCUCUGUGGGUACCCUCCUUUCUACGAGGAAACCGAGUCCAAACUCUUUGAGAAGAUCAAGGAAGGCUACUACGAGUUCGAGUCUCCGUUUUGGGACGAUAUCUCCGAGUCAGCCAAGGACUUCAUCCGGCACCUCCUGGAGAAGAACCCAAGCGCGAGGUUCACCUGCGAGGAGGCCCUGCGGCACCCGUGGAUUAAUGGAAAUACAGCCCUUCACCGUGACAUCUACCCAUCUGUCAGUGCUCAGAUCCAGAAAAACUUUGCAAAGAGCAAAUGGAGGCAAGCCUUCAACGCCGCGGCCGUCGUGCACCACAUGAAGAAGCUGCACAUGAGUGGCCAUGGCGGGGCCGAGGGCUCUGUCCCCGCCCCAGAGACCUCCGAGCCCCCCAGGCCCAGCAGCCCCACGGGGACCCCCCCCCCACCAGCACCAAGUGACGACAAGGACACAGCUCAGGGCCCCUCUCAGCGGCACCCAAACCCACCCAAACCCCCUCAGCCCCAGCAGGAGAUGGGAAUGGGGGAGGAAAAGCUGCCAAGCCUCCUGGAGGAGGGACCCCUGUCCAGGGAGAGGAGCAUGGCCCUGCUGGACACCCCCAGCCCCCCAGAGGAGGGACCCCUGCCCAGGGACAGCAGCAUGGCCCUGCCACACACCCCCAGCCCUCCAGAGGAGGGACCCCUGCCCAGGGACAGCAGCAUGGCCCUGCCACACACCCCCAGCCCCCCAGAGGAGGGACCCCUGCCCAGGGACAACAGCCUGGCCCUGCCCGACAGCCACAGCCCCCCGGGCAGGAGUUCCUGUGGCUGCAGCCCCUCCUGUGUGGGCCAUGAGAAGACAAAGGCCUCCUCCUGCUCCGAGACAGCGCUGCUGAAAAAGUCUUCAAAAUCCCACAGUCAUUUCAAGUCAGAGCUUCUCGUUCCAGUGAAAACCAGUAAACAUUCGUCUCACUGUGGCACUGGGCAAACUGGAGUUUGUUUGAUCAUGUGAUGGAGGCAGCCACGUGGUCAGAGGCUUUGUGUGUGAGCAGUGAGCUUUGCUCUGAGGAAUGUCCCAAAGGUGAGCUCCUGCUGGCACAGCUCUCCUCAAAAGCGACAUCAAGAGAGCUCCCUCCUGUCAUGUCCUGUGCCAGUCUCUGCUGAUGAGGUUGUUUGAUCAGGACUGUGAAGCACAGCGGAUUAGCAGCACAGACAAACGCGGCCACUGCAGGCUCCAGAGAGGCCCAUUCCAGCCAUCAGAGCUGUGACAGCCCUUUGUGAGAGCCACAAAGGGACCCGAGCUGGCCCUGCCCCACCGCGGCUCAUUAGCAGCACGUUCGGCAGGGAAGCAAAGCCCAGUCCUCACCUGGAAUUCUCUCUCUUGCAGGACCAGAACGGCUCUUUGACUCUUUUCUGCACUUCAGAGCCAGCAGUGCGAGCAGAAAGGAGGCUCUGCCCUGCCAGCAGCUCUGGAGAGCAGUGAGCAGCUGGGGCAGGGGGCACAGCAGUGCCAGGAUCCAUCCCUGCAGUCAGCUCGGGGUGUUUCUGGAUCAUUCCAGCCGGGAGGAGGCGAGGGAAGGUCUGAGGCUCCUGCUCCCACACCCAGUGUACAUUCUCAUAGGGCAUCAUCAGCUUCUGUUUCCUGCCCCUGUUUAGCUGUCAAUGCACCAACACCCUGCACAAACCAAAGCCAUGCAGAGCUUCACUCCCGGGGCAGCUCCCUUGUUUUUACAGCCCUCACCCUCUCCUCUCCUGGGGCUUGGUCAGUCCAGGCUUUGGCACUCUGGAGUUCAGCUGCCCAGGCUGCCCAGCCCUCAGUGCAGCUCAACAGGAGAGAGAACCUGCUAGAAACCUCCCUGUGUGUGACAUUGCCACAGCAAGGUCUGAGCUCCCCUUCCAAGGCUGUAAUUGCACAAUGAACACUUGCUGAAUAAAGCUGAGAUUCGUUUUGUAAAGUGCCUCAUGGUUAUUCAUAGAAAUCUGACAUGGAAAUGGUCUGCUAAGUCCCUCCUAAAGCUUUCCCUGUGCAUCUCAGUCCUGCUCCCACUGGUGUUUUUCUGGCAAAAUGUUCUGUGGAAAAUAAGCAGAUUGUGGCAGAAAAUCAAACAAGACAUCUGAUUUCACCUUUGACUAUGAGCCUG